AUGGAUACAGCUUUCUAUCUUAUCGCAAGAGCAGUCGAUGAAAAUGGCAUUGACCCGGAUCACAUCGACGUGAACACUACCGAUCCACUCAAAAUCGCGAUGUCAAGGAGAUACUGCAAAGUCGGCAGAUGUCCAGAGUCGUGGCAAGUCAUCGAGUAUCGACCCAAUAUUGCAGGAAACGUAAUCUACAUGCUGCUUUUCCUCGCGCUUUUCGGUGGGCAGUUGUGGUACGGCGUUCGAAACAAGACAUGGUCGUUUAUGGGAACCAUGUGCGCUGGCGUACUUGGAGAGGCUGUGGGAUACAUUGGCCGCAUCAUGCUCAGUCUGAAUCCUUUCAGCAUGAACAAUUUCCUCGUGAACCUCAUCCCACUCACUAUCGCACCUGCACUCCUGACCGCUGGCAUCUAUCUCUCGUUCGGUCGCGUGACCGUCGCUAUCGAUGCCGAGCACUCGAGGCUGAAGCACAGGAUGUACACCUACAUCUUUGUGGGUUGCGACGUACUCGCUCUCGUCCUCCAGGCUAUUGGUGGUGGUAUGGCCGCAACUGCCAAAGAUAAACACGGCUCGAGGAGGGGCGUGAAUAUAAUGAUCGCUGGUCUCAUCUCCCAGGUCAUCACCAUGACUCUCUUCCUCGCACUUUGGGCCGACUUCGCCUUCCGGGUACGACGUGCGAAGAUCUCCGGCAGGUUGUCGUCUACACAGCCGCCGCUCUAUGACCACCUUCGCUCUACGAAAAAUUUCACUUUCUUCCAAUGGAGUCUUUUCGCUGCGACUAUACUUAUUUAUGUUCGCUGCAUAUACCGUGUCGCUGAACUUUGGGACGGCUUCAGCGGUGACCUCGCCAACCACGAAGCCACGUUCAUGAUCUUCGAAGGGCCAAUGAUUAUUCUUGCAGUCGCUGCAUUGACAUUCUUCCACCCUGGUCGUGUGUUCUCUGACCUUUGGGUGCCUGCUGGCAAGGGCGUUAGAUCGAUGGGAAAGCUCGCUGAGGACCAGGCUAGCUCAGUUCAUCUCACUGAACAAGAGUGGAACAACACAGCAUACCAGCGUGUCGUUCAGCCUGGAACCGUGGUUUGA